AUGUCAAUCAAAAGCUCCUCAGACCUUCUGAUCGCUUUGACCGAUGUAGAUGAUCGCAUAUUAUCGAAGGUUAAUGGAGUUGGUGCGCUAAACGAGCAUCGCGAUCCUGACGAAGAGGUCAGGCAGCUUCCAAACUCGGGUGUGUUACCAGAAAUUGCCCAAGCGAACGUUUCCUCCCUCUCGAAUAUCUUGAAACCCUCGGAUAGACUCACUGCGCAGGUCCCAAGCAUCGCAUAUCUGAUACACCCAUCCUUACUCUUAGUUAAGUUUCCCAAGACCGGGACCGUCUCGAGCGAUUCUAAAGGGCUUGGAUUGACCGAUGGAUACGGUACAUGGCGGGCUGCACAGUGCGCUAGUCGAGCGCCAAGGUUCCAAGUCACCGUCUCAAGUUACUUUGUAGAAAAGCAUACAAACAAGGCACUUUGGCGGAGUGGUUAUCGCGCAGGCCUGCUAAGCCUGUUCCUUCGUAAGAUCAUCCGUUGUGUCGCAUCCAAAUUUUUUUGGGCACUUUUUCUAUUGACUAGUUUAUAA